AUGGUGUGUGCGUUGAUGGAGGAAACAGUUAAUGAAGCACAUCCUCUCAUCUGUGUUUUUUUCCCUCCACUGUGUGUGCUUGCAGCCUGUAAACCUGGUUUCUACAAGGCCUUCGCAGGGAACAUCAAGUGCUCUAAGUGCCCUCCACACAGUUUCAGCCACUCCGAGGCGUCUGCGCUGUGCCACUGCGAGAAAGGCUACUACAGAGCGGGCAAAGACCCACCGAGCACCGCCUGCACACGACCGCCCUCACCUCCACGUAACGUGGUGUACAUCAUGAACGAGACCGCGCUGUUCCUGCAGUGGGCUCCACCCAGCGACACAGGCGGCCGGAAGGACGUUACCUACAACGUCCUCUGCCAGCGCUGUAGUGUCGAGGGCCAGGCCUGCCAAGCGUGCGACAGUGACGUGCGCUUCGUACCGCCGCCCGUGGGCCUGACGCGCACCUCUGUGGCCGUGCAGGACUUUGUGGCCAACGCUAACUACACGUUCCAGAUCGAAGCUGUUAACGGCGUGUCGGGAAUGGGACAAGCGACAAGGCAGAUGGCCAACAUCACUAUCAGCACCGCGCAGGCUGGUCCAUCUUUGGUGGCAGCGGUGAAGAAGGACUGGGCCACUCAGAGCACCAUCGCCCUCUCCUGGCAGGAGGCUGAACAGCCCCACGCAGCCAUCCUCGACUACGAGAUCAAAUACUACGAGAAGGAGCAGGAGCAGCUGAGCUACUCGUCCACUCGCACUAAAGUUCCCAGCGCGAUCGUGACGGGCCUCAAGCCGUCCACGGUCUACGUGUUCCACAUCCGAGCUCGCACGGCGACCGGCUACAGCAGCUACAGCUCCAAGCUGGAGUUCACCACAGGGGACGACGAUUCAGAGGAAGCGUCUGAUCAGGGCCAGGUGUUGGUGAUCGUUACCGCGGCAGUUGGGGGGUUCUCUCUGCUCAUCAUCCUCACGCUUUUCCUGCUCAUCACGGGCAGAGCGUGGCAGCGGAGAGGCACUCAGAGGCAGAUAACAGACCCCAGUCAACAGCUCACAAAUAAAUCAGCCGGACUCGCUGGCACACGGAAUAAACGAUUACAGCGCUUUAGAUCCAUGUCCGACACGCUGCCUAUCAGCUACAUAUACAUCAGUGCUGAAGACGUGUGUGCCUGUCUGGGAAAGCACCUGGGAAAGCAUCUGGGAAAGUGUCUGGGAAAAUGCCUGGGAAAGCGUCUGGGAAAGUGUCUGGGAAAGCGUCUGGGAAAGUGUCUGGGAAAGCGUCUGGGAAAGCGUCUGGGAAAGCGUCUGGGAAAGUGUCUGGGAAAGUGUCUGGGAAAGCAUCUGGGAAAGAAUCUGGGAAAGUGUCUGGGAAAGCGCCUGGGAAAGCGUCUUGGAAAGUAUCUGGGAAAGUGUCUGGGAAAGAGUCUGGGAAAAUGCCUGGGAAAACGCCUGGGAAAGCAUCUGGGAAAACGCCUGGGAAAGCGUCUGGGAAAGAGUCUAGGAAAACGCCUGGGAAAGCGUCUGGGAAAGAACCUGGGAAAGCACCUGGGAAAGCGUCUGGGAAAGCGUCUAGGAAAACACCUGGGAAAGCAUCUGGGAAAGUGUCUGGGAAAGCGUCUGGGAAAGCAUCUGGGAAAGAAUCUGGGAAAGUGUCUGGGAAAGCGUCUGGGAAAGUGUCUGGGAAAGCAUCUGGGAAAGCGCCUGGGAAAGCGCUUGGGAAAGAGUCUAGGAAAACGCCUGGGAAAGCGUCUGGAAAAGCGUCUGGGAAAGCGUCUAGGAAAACACCUGGGAAAGCAUCUGGGAAAGAGUCUGGGUAAGCGUCUGGGAAAGCGCCUGGGAAAGCGCUUGGGAAAGAGUCUGGGAAAGCGUCUGGGAAAGCGUCUAGGAAAACACCUGGGAAAGCAUCUGGGAAAGAGUCUGGGAAAGCAUCUGGGAAAGCGCCUGAGAAAGCGGCUGGGAAAUUGGCUGGGAGAGCGCUUGGGAAAGCGUCUUGGAAAGCGUCUGGGAAAGCGUCUGGGAAAGUGCCUGGGAAAGCAUCUCGGAAUGAGUCUGGGAAAGCGUCUGGGAAAGCGCUUGGGAAAGCGUCUGGGAAAGCGCUUGGGAAAGCGUCUGGGAAAGCGUCUGGGAAAGCGCCCCCUGAAGUGCUGCUACAUGUGUAUCAAGUGCCAGUGGUACAUCAAAUCCAAGAUGAAACCACAGGACAAGAGAAGGACACAGUAUCAGAAUGGACACGUGCCGUUCCCGGGAAUAAAGACGUACGUCGAUCCGGACACGUAUGAGGAUCCGACUCAGGCUGUUCACGACUUUGCUAAGGAGAUCGACCCGUCUCGUAUUCGUAUAGAGAGGGUCAUCGGAGCUGGAGAGUUCGGGGAAGUGUGUAGUGGUCGUCUCCGCACUCCAGGGAAAAAGGAGAACCCUGUGGCCAUAAAGACCCUAAAAGGCGGCUACACAGAGCGUCAGAGGCGGGACUUCCUGCGAGAGGCCAGCAUCAUGGGACAGUUCGACAACCCCAACAUCAUCAGACUGGAGGGCGUGGUCACGAAGAGUCGUCCUGUGAUGAUCGUGGUGGAGUACAUGGAGAACGGCUCAUUGGACUCUUUCCUGAGGAAGCACGAUGGACAUUUCACCGUCAUCCAGCUGGUCGGUAUGCUGCGUGGCAUAGCCUCCGGUAUGAUGUACCUGUCCGACAUCGGCUACGUCCACCGGGACCUGGCAGCCCGGAACAUUCUGGUGGAUGACAACCUGGUGUGUAAGGUGUCGGACUUCGGCCUGUCCAGGGUCCUGGAGGACGACCCAGAGGCUUCCUACACCACUACAGGAGGGAAGAUUCCCAUCCGUUGGACGGCUCCGGAGGCCAUCCAGUACAGGAAGUUCUCCUCAGCCAGCGACGUCUGGAGCUACGGCAUCGUCAUGUGGGAAGUGAUGUCUUACGGAGAACGGCCGUACUGGGAGAUGUCCAAUCAGGAUGUGAUCCUGUCCAUAGAGGAGGGUUACAGGCUGCCGGCGCCCAUGGGCUGCCCCGUGGCUCUGCACCAGCUGAUGGUUCACUGCUGGCAGAAGGAGCGCAGCAGGCGGCCUCGCUUCCACGACAUCCUCAGCUUCCUGGACAAGCUCAUCCGCAACCCCAGCAGCCUCCUCACGCUGGUGGAGGAUGUACACAGUUUACCCGACUCCCCAGACGACCUGCCUGACUAUCCUCUCUUCAUUUCCAUCGGCGACUGGCUGGACUCCAUCAAAAUGAGUCAGUACAAGAGCAACUUCAUAGCGGCAGGGUACACGACCCUGGACUCCAUCUCCAGCAUGAGCAUCGACGACGUCCGGAGGAUCGGCGUGUCUCUGAUCGGCCACCAGAGGAGGAUAGUGAGCAGCAUACAGACACUGCGACUGCAGUUCCUGCACAUUCAACAGAGCGGCUUCCACGUAUGAGACGGACCAGCCAAUACCAACACACACACGCACACACACACACACACACACACACAAACACACACUUACCCUAACACACACCCACGCACACACACAUGCACACAUAUACCUAAACAGUCAGGCCUCGUCUGUUUUACAAACCGCGAUGAGAGAACUUCAGGCUUUCUCAAAACUUUUCAACCGGCCAUCGAAGGCUUCCAAAUGAAAAAGCAAUCAAAGGGGAAAAGGGACCAGUGCGAAACAAAGCGUCUCUGGGAGAUGGACAACCAAUCAGGGUUGGAAACAUGGCACUGUCGCUAUGGUGAUGUCAUCUGUCCAUCAUCCACAAGUUCCGUGACUGGCUGGAUUCACAGUCGGAGAACUUUUAAUAGUAUAUUUGCUAUUUUAAUGUAACAAAGUACGUGUCUUAAUAGAUAUUUAUCAUUUAUUUAUCAUGCUACUUCCAGGAAUUCGAGAGACCUUGAAUGUCGAGCGGAUUGGUACGGCUUUUACCCAUCGUUUAUCAUCUGAUAUUUAUGCUGGUAUUUAUAUGUACAUGUGUAUGUCUGGGGUUUUGUUUUGUUUUGUUUGUUUGUUUGUUUGUUUGUUUUAUGGGUUGUUGUUUUUUUUUUCCUGCAGCAAUAUGUGCAGUCUUUUCAGACCAAGAAAAGACGCUAAAUUAGGGCGUAGGAGUAGAGAAUUGUGUUUUGAAAAGGAAAAAAAAAAAACGCAGCACAAAACCAUUGACCUCCUCAGGCAGUCAGCUACGCCGUGCGAGAUCGCUUUGGACCUUUUGGAAGAUUGAAAGCCAUGGUCUCGUGCUUCUGCAUCAGACCUCACACUCUCAAAUGUACAUGCCAGUCUUCACCUUACAGACCUACAUACUCUGCUGUGAUGCACAAGAUUUAUAAAGCUCUUUUAUUUAUUUAUUUAUUUAUUUAUUUAUUUAUUUAAGACAGGCGAGAUUGUCCAUGGUGAGUUAGAUAGGGGCGGUUUUAGUAUAAAUAGAAUAUACGCAUUGAAUGUACAGUAGGAUGGUGUGUAGCAGAGAAAGUACGUGCUCUCUCUCUCUCUCUCUCUCACACACACACACACACACACACACACACACGUACACCUUACAGGUUAUCAUGCUUACAUAACAAUAAUUCAGUCAUACCCUCUAUUGCUAACUUUACACACAUAUACCUUGCAGAUUAGUGCAUUUUCCUAUUAAUGCACUGUAUUGCUUACUUUAAACACACACACACACACACACACACACACACACACACACACACACUCUAAAACGCCACAUGCAGAGGCUGUCCUUGUACUAGAGCACAUGUCCAGGACACUGAGGACUCGUCAAGGGAAAACCGGUGAAUGAAUAGGGACUAGUAAUACAAUAGUAUAUUAUUUUUUAUAAUUUAUUCUGGAUUAAUACAGAGGUUUAAGUGGAUCGAUUAGGUUGAAUGUUUGUAAGAAAUAAACGACGAUGGAUGCCUUGUGUGUUUUGUCGGGUCAUUUUGCUCCACUAAAAUGAACAGAAGCUGUAAAUGAAAUGAAGUGCAA